GGGAAGUACAUAUUGGCGGUGUUAUCUGAAACCGGAGUAUUUGAGCUCUGCCGGGCCUUAAUUUUGCUGAUGCAGUCGGUCGGAUUCUGUUGGUGAUGGCCAGGCCGGCUGGCUGGGCAUUCAGAGCACACUCAUCAGACGAUCCAAGAAAAUCAGAUCGCAACGGGAGAAAUCCCAAGCACGAAGUCUUGGAAAAGCAGCCGGGCAGGCGCCGUAGAUAUGGAGCGCCGCGCCGCAGCAACCGGCAGGGUCGGCCAUCUCCUCCGUACGGACCAUGGUCAGGGAUCAGAAGAGGGGCAGCGCUUCAGCGACGAGAAUGCAACCGAGCGAAAUGUUUCCCAGAGGUGCAUCUGGCCAAUGCUUGUUGUCCGAAAAGCGCCAGCACCGGAGGGAGGACGAGGGUCUGUCACCAAUGGGGCGGCAGAACGAGAGAAGUGGCCAGUAGCCGUCACACGCUAGGCCGUGUGAUAGCGAUGGUGAUCUGCAUGGUCGAGCAGAGCGCAUCGGCGCAACAGGACUGGUGGGAUUGCACGGGGCCUGUCAUCGAAGUAAGCGCCCGUGUGGAGAUUGCCAUCUGUGACGGCGCAUGCAUUGCUUUUGCAUUGCUGGGCUGGGCUCAAAAGUACGAGAUUCCGGCGUGGUAGAUGCGAGAACUGUCGAUCCGAUCAUGAUAUGAUUCUGUGGUGAUUGAAUACGCUGAACGCAGUAGAUGGUCGAGGAGAGGAGAGGGAGAAGAAGAAGAAGGGAAAGACGA